AUGGGAGAGAAACAAGAAGGUGCCAAAGUUGAACAAGAGAGGGAGACAGCCACCGUAGUAUCUACUGAGCUGACCGACGACAAGCCAAAGAGCGGUGGAGAAGACUCAGCUGCAGCCCCGGCCGCAGCGACUGCCUCCGCCUUUGUAUACAAAGUGGAUAUGCACUGCGAAGGCUGCGCAAAGAAGAUCCGGCGAAUGGUGAAGCACUUAGACGGAGUGAAAGAUGUGACGACGGAUGUGGGUGCAAACCAGCUCACGGUGGUCGGAAAGAUCGAUCCGGUGAAGCUCCAGGAGAAGUUGGAGGAUAAAAUGCAGAGAAAGAUGGUACUUACCAACCCACCACCACCAUUACCGCCCAAACUAGACGCAUCUUCGGCCGUCGCUGCCGUUGGAGAAAAGAAAUCCGACGGUGCAGAUAAAGCGGCGGCUCCUGCUCCUCCUCCUCCGGCCGCUCCCAAAGAGAGUUCGGUAGUUUUAAAGAUGAGACUACAUUGCGAGGGAUGUAUACAGAAAAUCAAGAAGAUAAUAUUGAAAAUCAAAGGGGUUGAAACAGUGGCUAUUGAUGCAACUAAAGACAUAGUGACAGUGAAAGGAAUGAUGGAUGUUAAAGAACUUGUGCCUCUACUCACAAUGAAACUCAAACGAACAGUUGAACCUCUUCUUCCGGCCAAAAAAGACGACGGAGCGGCCGAGAAAAAUAAAACAGAAGUUGCUCCUACCGCAGCAAACAAAGAAGGUUCUGCUUCCGGAGUUAGUGAAGCAAAGAAGGAAGGAAAUGAAGCUGGGGAGAAGAAGAAAGAGGAUGGUGACGAUGUAGAGAAUAAGAAAGAAGCUAAGGACGGUAGGGAGAAUGAGAAAGAAGCUGAAGCCACAGAAGAGAAGAAGAAAGAGACUGGAGACGGUGUUGAGAAGAAGGAAGGUGGCAGUGUAGGAGGUGAACCUGUGGCGAUGGUGAAUAAAAUGGAUUAUUAUGGGUACUCAUAUCCGACGGCUCCAAUGUAUUGGCAACAAGGUCACGUGUACGGCCAGAGUUAUUCGAUAGAAGGCCAGAGUUAUCCAGGUUCAGGAUACAAUUACGCUAGUGAGAGUUACGUGCCAUACUCGCAUCCUAACAUGAACACGUCUCCUGGAAUGUUCAGCGACGAGAACCCUAAUGGUUGCUCCAUAAUGUAA